AGGGAAACAGUCAGUGUACGGCCGGCCGUCGAACUAGUCGGACGGGUGCACGAUGCACGCGCGGUGAAUAAAAACAAUCGCAAUGCUGUUCGAGAGUCCCAACGCGAAAUUGUUCCCGGCUUUCAACAUCCCACCGCCCGUUAGGCUCAGCGGCGCGCUGGGCGGGUUGGAGGUGGUAGAAGGCGGUCUGGUGGGCGGCGAGCUGGCGCAUGUACUGAGCGCCCAAGCUGCCGCCCACGCAGCCGCCACAGCAGCAGCACAGCAACAGCAGCAACAGCAGAUAGCAGUACAGCAAAUAAAAACUUCACCAUCAUCAGGACGUUCGACUCCAGUUGCGACGGGCGCCGGUACAACUUCCCCAUCUCCUAGUAAACUGUUUGUUGGGGGACUAAGUUGGCAGACAAGCUCCGAGAAGCUAAGAGAAUAUUUUGCAAUGUUUGGAGCAGUCACCGAUGUACUUAUUAUGAAAGAUCCGGUAACACAGCGUUCGCGCGGCUUCGGCUUUAUCACGUUUCAGGAGGCCUCGUCCGUGGACAAGGUCCUGGCCGUGCCGGUGCACACGCUGGACGGCAAGCGCAUCGACCCCAAGCACGCCACGCCUAAGUCGGCCCCCAAGCCGGCCAAGACCAAAAAGAUAUUCGUGGGCGGAGUCGGCCAGGACACGUCCGCCGAUGAGGUACGCGCAUACUUCUCGCAGUUCGGCCUCGUCGAGGACGCCGUCAUGCUGAUGGACCAGCAGACCAAGCGGCACCGCGGCUUCGGCUUCGUCACCUUCCACUCCGAGGAGGCUGUGGAGCGCGUGUGCGACAUCCACUUCCACACGAUAAAGAACAAGAAGGUGGAGUGCAAGCGCGCGCAGCCCAAGGAGGCGGUGGCGGCGGCGCCGCUGGCGCUGGGCAAGCGCCUGGUGCUGCGGCCCGGGCGGGGACUGGUGUAUGCGGCGGCGGGCGGCGUGGGCGCCGUGCCGGCGGUGGGCGCGCACGCGUACCGGUACGCGCCGUACGCGCUGCCCGCCGCCGCCGCGCCCGCCACGCUCGUGGCGCCGCCCGCGCCUGCGCCACAGCCCGCGCUGCCGCAGUUCGGCGCCGCCUACUCGCUCGCCGGCGUCGACAUGUCGUCCUUCCAGGGCGUGGACUGGAGCGCCAUGUACGGCGUGCCGAUGUACAUCUAAGCGCGACACGGUGAGAACCCCCGCCCGCCUCCGGCUAGGUCGUCCCGCGAUUACGUUUCCCCGAACAGUUCCUAAGCUCAUUUCGGACGGUCUCGCCGUGGUCCGCAUCAGUAUUGAUGUCGGUUAGCCGACGUAGGUUAAGUCAGUUCCCCCGACGAGCAGUCGUCCUCGGCCCGAUGCGGGACCGAAAGCGAGGAAUUCGCAUUUUUAUUUAAACUUUCUUUAAUGUAAGGCGAAGAUCUCAAGUAAUUUAGUUCGGUCUAAAGGGAGUGAUUCUCUUAUAUUAUAUUUUGUUUUGAAUUUGUAAUUUCGUAGUGUAUAGUGCACGAUCGUGGGCAGGACGUCGUAUUAUUUUCACUCCGCGGAGUACCCGUCGAAUCUCAUCGCCGCUACGUAUGUUAACGAGUAGAUCGUGUCGUGGGCCGCGCCCGCCCGAUGUGCGCCAUCCCCUCGAUCAGUAUUAGAGUUUCGUGCCAUUAAUUAACGACAAAAUUGUGCCAAACGUAUUCGUAUUAUCGGUAGUAUCGACUGAUCGACGACACGUCGGCCGCACGUGAGGUUCGUUUGCCGCUUUUUGUACUUGGCGCCCUUCCCCGUCACUCGCGAGCGCACGUCGCGCGGGCCCCCGCCACCUCACCCAUACAUAUCUAACGAGUUGAAAAGCAAUCAUUACAUGGCAUCGUUUGUAUGAAUUAGUAGUUAAUACACCCGAAACGUGGGCGCGAUGGCUUUUUCUACUGACGCCGUUAACGCGGCACCUCGACGUUUUUACUCUGUCGUGCUUCACCGUCGACCCCGUAUAUCGAAAUUAAAUUACUGUUUUAUCGUGCGCUAGAUGGCGCCGCUCCUCUCUUUAUGGAUUUGUACGGUAAAGCAGUUCUUUGUCUGUGUGAAACGCGAUCGACUAAAAGCUUUUCGUUCUAUCCACUUUAGUGGGAGCGGUACGAUCGCGUCGUUGUUUAUGAUGACUUGAUGAGUAAUUUAGGUCAAUUAUCAACCCAAAUUGAUACAGAAGCUAAGUACUGAUCUGUAUAUAAAAAGCCACCGCGUGCACCUCUGGCGGCACAGCAGUCUUCGUCUAUCAAUUGUAAGCAAUAUUGUACCAUAUCUUACUACUAAUACAUUUGGCAAUCGCCUGCGAUAGAUGAUUAUAUCUGGACGUUUGUAACUUUACACUGCUGGACGGUGGAUCUCGACUAUUCUUAAACGAAGUUAUCAAAGGAACUUUUAUUAUGUUUAUCUACGAUUGUCGCAUGCCCCAUUGCAGAUUAAAAUUCUUGACUUGAACCAUUUUAUUACAAAGUUACAAACGUCCAGUGUAUCCCUGUAGUCGUGCGGGUAGUACAUACAAUUUAGUUUAGAAACAUUUAAGGGAAUGCAAACUAACACCCCGAGUGUAUUUUUGACAAUAAGCUAAGUAUUAUACCCCGUAGUGAUCUGCUCGUCUAUGUCUGGUAGUAUUUGUAUUAUGUAUUGGAGGUUAUCCAUGACAACAUAUUUUAUGUCGCACUCUUACUUAAUUUUUGAAGUAUGUAUAUUACGAUAAUUAUUAUCUAACGAUUAAGUUGGAGAUACUUAUGCCUAUAUUUUUUAAUGUUUUCCAGCUGUUAACGACAAAAAUUAUACAAUUUUAUAAUUAUUAGGUCAAAAAAAGAUACAUUGCAACUGGCAACACGGUGUCGGUGUUGCUUGCUCUAAAAUGAAAGCAGCUCUAUCUAUUGAUCAUUGGAGCUUCCAAUAUAAUUAAAAAUAACUAUGUCUUUAGGUCGCUACCUAUUGCCGAAAAUUAGUAUUAUUUACAAUAUUAAAUGAAGAAACAUAGGAAGGCUUCCACGAAAGAAUCUCACUCUCGACGCCUCUACCGCGGUAUUUUUAUAUUAUUCACCGUAGUACUUAAAUUAGGUAGGUUAGAUAUGGAAAGCAAUACUCGAAAUCUUAUACUCUGUGAUUAGACAAGUAUUAUAUUAAUAAUUUAAUUAAAAAGACGGUUGAUGGUUGUGUUUGUGCAAUUCCUAGGUUUAAGGUGAAAUUUGCGGACUCGGUCCGCUCUAUAUCAUUCUUGUCAUUUAUGUGAUUGCCCAGUACUUAAAUUGUUUGUAAGAUUUUGUGUCGUUUUAGCUUUGUGAUGAGGAUUCAUAUUAGAGAAUAAAUCUUGCCCCAGCAACUACAUCCAGAAAUAUUUGCAUUCCCAAAAAAAGGGCGUACGCAAUUCAGUAACGAUCGAUAUUAAAUAGUAUUUAGAUUUUUGUUUCCGUGUCAUAUUUCUACUUCAUUCUUCAUCAUUCAUCUUUUAACGUUUCAAAACCUAACCCGUUAAGAAAGCCAGUAUUCUGUAUUACAAUAUUUGAAUACGCUCAAUAUACAAGUAUCUAAUGAUUCUUAUCCACAAGCAUCGACGACUCAACACUUAGCCCUACUUAGACUUGCCAAGACCAGACAUAGCCGAGCGGCGAGUAGAAUGACAUGCAUGGUAGCUUGUUCGACCGUGUUCCCCGCUGGUCGAGAUACACUAGCUCCGACACCUCUGCUCUGCGACUGAGACGGCUUGUACACCUCAGUCGGAUAGAGAGACGAACUAAGUCGUGCCAUCUCGCUGGCGCUUAGAUGUGUGAAGGAGACAACUGUCCCUGGUGUAAGCAUGACUUCUUUUGUUUUCUUAUCUGACCGAACGAGUCCGUCGCCCAGCAGAGCUGUCGGACGCCACACGUGUACACCCCUGAACGGGCUCGGAUCUAGGUCUUAAAUUCAAACGUGGAAGACAUCGCUCUCCGAACCGACACCUAGAUCCCCGCUCGGUAGCAUUAUUUGAAAUUAGUUAAGUAGGUUUAGAGCCUUCUGAGAUUUGUGAGCGCCCGGGGGGGCGCUGCACGUUUUGUAUAUUUAGAAUGUCCUUCUUUCAGUAUUAUACGGUUGAAAUUAUUGUAGUGACCCCUUCGAGGGCGGCCGCCCGGUGUCUUGCCAAAGUAUCUACAGCGGCGGCCGAUCCUCCAUGAUUGUACUUAAUUUUUAAUAUGUGUAGUGUGUACCUUUCCCGAGCUCGGGAGGAUCGUACUAACGAUUUAUUUAUAUAUUAUUCCUCGAACACCUAGCGUUAAGUCUGUGACCGCGCGGGUAUCGCGCCGGUAUAGAAGCUUCGUAGUUUUGUAUCCUAGAUAUUAUAGGUACUAUAGUAUGCCCGUUCUUAUGUAUGUUAUGCAGCACCUAGAUAAAGAAUGUGUCAUUACAUUUUAAUAUUAGAACAAUAUUAUGUGUGUUUUAUUUCUUUGUAUCCGUUUGGGCUAGCCGGGUUCGUUCACCUCCUAGUUAGAGUGCACGUUGAGCGGUAGAGUGUGACGUCGGCGCGGAGCUGCGGGGGGCGGCGCGGCGGAGCGGCCGGCGGCCGGCGGCGGUAAGUCGGACGACGGUUUGGAGGCAUGGUGUAUCCGCUUAGUCGACUUGUGACUAACAAACGACUUCUAGUAAGGCAUGGUUGGCAUGAGUUCAUACGUAAUUCUUCCAAGUUCACUGUCAAUUUCUGAUCGGGCAUAUAUUAGCCACACGUUGGUUGUGAAGCGUGCUCCUGCGACGCCCCCAGCGCGGCCUCCGCGGCCCCGCCGGGGGCGUCCGAUCCUAGACGCGUAGUGUAGACCCCUGAGUAGAGACGCUUCGCUUGAGGCCUCCGGUCUUCCUGGUUCGAAUCUGAUUUGCCAAAAGUAAGCCAAAUUGCAUUUUUGCUCAAACGAAACUCACCCGCGAGAUGUACCUAUCGUGCGUUUUAGUUUCGAGGCAUCCGGCGACGAGCCGGCCGGUGCCGUGCCGGAGUAGCUUAGGUAUGUGACAAUAAUCGUAUGUUGCCAACGGAGACGUUACGUUUGAUGUUGCUACACGAAAAAAGACAUUCCUCUCUAGUCAUUUUAUAUUAAAUUUCGAACGAAUAUCAAUUUCACUCGCUCAACAUUCUCGCCUAGUAGUAUAGUUAAGAGCUUCAGCGAUAUGUGCCAUAAUCAUGCCGUAGCACGGCCCACAGCCCACGGCCUACGGGCGACGUUAUACUAGUGAUGUUCUUGUUUUCGCGAAUCCAGGUUCUCUGGACCAAUAUGAUCGAGAUUUAAAAUAUUAUAUAUAUUCGUAAUGUAAGAUAGUAUAUACAUAUAAUAUACAACUUUUGGAUUGGUAUAGUGAUGUUACGAAAAUAUGUUGUGUGUUAAAUGUAUUACAAAUGCUAGCGUAGAUGUGUAGUGUAGUGAUUUUGAAGAUUUACAUAUAUAAUAUUAAACAUAAGUAUGACUAACCGAAAGCAAUAACAUUAUGAUAUUAAUACAGCACGCGUGCGCUGAUUUCGUACCACCCGUAACUAUACUUCGAACUACCCUCUCUUAUUACGUAUUCGCGUUCUUAGAGAAAAGUUCUACAUACUCUGAUUAUUAUAAUUAUGGAUAACAGUGAUUUUUCAAAUAGGCAUUCAUCAUAGGCGUAGACUAAUACGUGAAUACGUAACACUUUUUUAUAACUACCCUCGAGUACCUAUAAGGUACUCGUGCAAGUCCGACAAAAAUCGCGCGUCGAAUCAGCGCACACAGAAGCGCGCGUACUAUAUGUUAAAGUAUACACAUGCAUAUAAAUUAUUGCAAUAUUUUUGUAUAAUAGUUCGGUGUAUCCAAGUAGUAUGUUGGUAUUUGUAUUUUAAAAAAUUACAAAAAAAUAUAAAUAUUAAGUGAGAGUAUAUGAUUAAAUUGUUUAACGCGUGGGAUACGCCGCUUGGGGCGUGCGGCCAUGUAUCACAUCACUGUGGUCUCGCUCGUCAGUCGUCACCCGACUGUGUGUGUGUGUGUUCGCCGAGCGCUGCCGGACCACAGUGAGCUCAGUAGCUGGCAACACUAGUAUCGAUGAUGCUAUUUUAUCUGUUAUAACGAGAUUUAAGCCCUCAUAAUAUUAUUCGUCGUCGAGGAAACGCGUGGCCUAUCUCGAUCUCCCCUGCUCGGUGUCGCUUAAAUCUCGUUCACUAUCGAUAUAGAGGCUGUCGAACAUUCCUUUUAUUCCAUUGUAGAUAAAAACAAUUUUACCAUAGACGACGUAGUUAUGGGCUGUUUUGUUUUCACGGACUGCAAUAGUAACGAUUAGACAUAAUGUGCAAUACUGAACGAAUUUUUCCAUUAUGUUUAAAUACCUGUAGUCGGGUUUUAGUGUGGGUACCCGGUCCGCGGCGGGGGCGGCGCCGGAGUCCCGGGCGGGCGCCGGCUUCGCCCCCGCGCGCGGACGCCGAACGGUCUAAUAUGCUUCAGCAGAAUACAUUGAAUGUUUUGUAAUUAACGUAGUGGAUUGUUAAUUUUAUCCUCGUCUUUUUGAGUUCAUUUUGGAAAGGCUUGGAUUCAUAGAGGAGGCUCCCCGGGGCCGGUGCGUAGUCGUAGUGCGUGUACGUAGGCCGCGCGCCUCCCUCGAUGCCUAUUAUAUUACUUAUGGUUCAUCUCCACCUAGACGAAUAUUAGAAAUAAAUGGUAAUAAACACA